GCUCCAAUAUUCAUUUCAAGAACCAACCUUCUUGCAUUGCAUCCCAAAUAAACCUCAAAAUGUCCACUUUGUCAUCAACCCAAAUCAAUCUCAUCAUCCUCCCACUUGUACUCUUCACUUUGCUCUUUUAUGGAAACUGCCAGCCCAGUAUCAAUCCAGAAAGGUCAAUUUUGCUUGAAAUAAAGCUCCAUUUUUCAAACCCAUCCAAUCUUUCCCACUGGAAUUCAUCCUCUGAUCAUUGUACUUGGCCGGAGAUCACCUGUGCAGAUGUCUCCGUCACCGGAAUCCGGCUAGCCUACCUAAUGCUUAACCAAACCAUCCCACCAUCCAUAUGUGACCUCAAAAACCUCACCAUUCUUGAUCUCAACCACAACCUCAUCCCUGGGCCUUUCCCUGUAGCUCUCUACAAUUGCUCAAAUCUUGAAUACUUGGACUUGUCUUUCAACUCCUUCAACGGCUCCAUCCCAACUGAUAUUAACCGCCUUUCUCCCCGCCUCACGGCUUUUAACCUCUCCUCCAACUAUUUCACUGAUGGCAUCCCACCAGCCAUUGGAGGACUUAAGGAGUUAAAAGAGCUUCAAUUUGCCACCUCCUUCUUAAGUGGCUCUUUCCCGCCAGAAAUUGGUGACUUGUUGAAUCUUGAAAUUCUGGUUUUGGACACUAAUGCAUUUGCACCGCAGGAAAUUCCACCAAGCUUUACUCAGUUGAAGAAACUGAGGAAUCUAUGGAUCACAAGUUCAAAUUUGGUUGGAGAAAUCCCUGAGAGUAUCGGCAACAUGACAGCUUUGGAAUACUUGGCUUUAUCUGAAAAUAGUCUGAGCGGUAACAUUCCCAACAGCUUGUUUCUGCUAAAGAAUUUGACAAUAGUUUACAUCUCUGUAAACAAAUUGUCAGGUUCUAUUCCUCAGUCAGUUGAGGCCUUGGAUUUGUAUUGGAUUGAUUUUUCCAAUAACACCUUAACCAGCAAAAUCCCUGAAGACUUUGGGAAGCUGACAAAAUUGGAGGGGUUAGUUCUGUUCAUGAAUCAAUUGUCGGGCGAAAUUCCAGGAAGCAUAGGUAGCUUGCCGGCAUUGUGGGAUGUGAGGCUGUUCACCAAUAAUCUGUCAGGUGAAAUUCCAGCAGAUUUUGGUAAAUAUUCGAAGCUGCAACGUUUCGAUGUUUCCACAAACAAUCUUGUGGGAUCAUUGCCUGAGGGGCUGUGUGAUAACAAGGUGCUUUCUAGCAUCACUGCUUUUAGCAACAACCUUACAGGUGAGCUUCCAAAGUCUCUUGGGGAUUGUCAAACCUUGGAAAGUGUCAGAGUGGAAAAGAAUCAACUUUCUGGUACAAUUCCUGAUGGUUUGUGGGCAGCUAGGAGUCUGUCAAGGUUCUUGAUUAGUGAUAACUUGUUUACUGGUGAGCUGCCACAAAAGGUUGCCAUAAAUUUAUCUCUAGUGGAUAUUAGCAACAACCGAUUUUCGGGUGAAAUUCCUGCUGGAGUUUCUUCCUGGAAUAAUGUUGUUAACUUCAAGGCAAGCAAUAAUCUCUUUACUGGUGGAAUCCCUCAAGAACUGACGGCUCUGCAACAGUUAUCGGUUCUUUGGUUAGAUGGGAAUCAGCUUUCUGGGAAUUUGCCGUCAGAAAUUAUCUCAUGGAAGUCACUGACCUCCUUGAAAUGCAGCAGGAAUCAACUGUCUGGUGAAAUCCCUUCAGCACUUGGUCUUUUGCAGAAUCUUAAUGAGUUGGACCUGUCUGGAAACCAAUUUUCUGGGGAAAUUCCACCCAAUAUAGGACGUUUGACGCUAACUUCACUCAACCUGUCUUCAAAUCACCUCUCAGGGAGAAUCCCAGAUGGGCUUGCAAAUGCAGCAUUUGAUAAGAGCUUCUUGAAUAACCCUGGUCUUUGUGCAACCACCUCUUCAUUUGGCCUCAGUAUUUGUAAGGUGAAUACCAAGAAAUCUGAUAGCAAAUCAGUCAGAAUUAUAGCUGUUUUCGGAAGCAUAGCAGCAGCCUUGGCUCUAGUCGCCGUUCUCUAUAUUCUGUUCGUUUUAAGAAAGAAUUGGAAAAUGAAGGAAGGAUUGGUCCCGAAUUGGAAGCUCACACCAUUCCACAGGCUAAGCUUCACAGAAUCAAACAUUCUGCCAAAUUUGUUACAACACAAUGUGAUUGGCAGUGGGAGAUCAGGGGAAGUUUACCUGGUACCCUUACAUCAAACAGGUGAAAAAGUUGCUGUUAAGAGGAUCUGGAAUUGCAAGAAGUUGUAUCAAAGGCUCGAGAAGGAGUUCGAAGCAGAAGUGGAGAUACUUGGCACGAUUCGCCACGCAAACAUAGUGAAACUCCUGUGUGGAAUCUCUAGUGAAGACUCUAUGCUUCUUGUGUAUGAGUACAUGGAAAAUCGCAGCCUGGAUUUAUGGCUCAGACCAAAAUUUGCAAGUCUUCCUCAUUUCCAAGUCCUGGAAUGGCCAACCAGGCUUCACAUUGCCACCGGGGCAGCUCAGGGGCUAUGCUAUAUGCAUCACGGCUGCUCCCCGCCCAUUAUCCACAGAGAUGUGAAAUCAAGCAAUGUGCUUUUAGACUCAAAGUUCAAUGCCAAAAUUGCAGAUUUUGGUCUAGCAAGAAUGCUGAUCAGGCCUGGAGAAGCCAAUGCAGUCUCAACAUUCGCUGGCACUUUUGGCUACAUGGCUCCAGAGUAUGCACACACAACUAAAGUGAACGAGAAGAUCGAUGUGUACAGCUUCGGGGUGAUCCUCUUGGAGCUCGUUACGGGAAGGGAACCCAACGAUAUCACUGCAGACUUGAGCCUGGCUCAAUGGGCAUGGCAACAUGUCCAAGAAGGGAAACCCAUAGCUGAUGCACUAGAUGCAGAUAUCAAGAAGCCACAGUACUUAGAUGAUAUGCAAGUUGUGUUCAAACUUGGGUUAUAUUGUACUGACAGGUCUCCUUUCAGAAGACCUACCAUGAAAGAUGUGCUGCAAGUCCUGCUAAAAUGCGAACGCCAAUCAACAUAUGCAGACAAGAAAAAUGGAAGCGAGCACGAUGCUUCACCACUCCUUAGAAAUUCAGGGAGUGAGAGGUCCUCUGAGAGUGAAGAUGAUGAUGAAUUUAAGUCCAUAGUGUGAAGCACUCCAGAGUGUGUUUAAUUAAGAUGAAUAUAUUUGCUAUAGAAGUAUACUUGUAAAUAUGUAGAUUUAGUUAGGUAGAUUGCAAGAUGUUUUCCCCAAAGAAAGUUUUCAAAUUAGCAAUGCCUUUCCUGCCUGCUCUACUUCUCAAA